AUGUUACUUUUUAUUUUGGAUAAUUCAUUUUUAUUAGCAAUUAUUUUCUUUUUAGGAUUUAUAUUAAUUCAUCAAAAGAAUCAUAGAUUAGGAUUCUUUUUUGACAAUGUAGUUUUAUCAGCAUGUGGAGGUAUAACAAUGGCAUUCACACUUUCAUCAAUCAAUGGUAUAAAUGAAAGAUCACUCGAUUUACUUUUUGGAUUAAUUGUUUUAGGAUGUUCAUUGAAAUCUCUUUACCACAAUUCAAGAAAAUAUUUAAUGAUUGGUUAUUUCUUACAUGCAGCUUGGGAUUUAUUACAUCAUGGUUAUUUUGGAUUAGCUACUAAAACUCCAUAUUGGUACCCAACAUUCUGUAUGCUUUACGAUUUAGGUGUAGCUCUAUGGUAUUAUGGCGGAAGAAGAUAG